AUGCCCAUAGAUUCCAUUGCUCAGGCAGCCCAUUCAUCAGUCUUUAACACAUUUAUAGUGGUUGGUGGAAUAGUUAUUACAGGUGUUUUAACAAUUACCUUGUCCAUCGAAAGAAUAUUUAUACAUAGAAGUUGUAUGAGAUACAUACCGAAACCAUAUUUGCCUUUAACCGAAUUAGAUUUACCAGAUAAAUCAAGUAGAAACAUGGUUUGGAAAUAUUUAAGACUAAACUCAAAAUUGGGCCUUUGGUUUGAUAUACCCGCAGAAAAAAUUGUGCAUGAUGGCUUAUCGCCACCUCCAUCAUAUUCAAAGGCCUAUAUUGAGAAAUCCUUGGCUAUGGAUCCAAGUUCACUUAAUAUUGCCACAUUUGAUAUGAAUGGUAAAUUUAUUAAAAGAUCCAAAAAUAAUAAACAGAGUAAUCAAUAUGCACAUGAAAAAACGUCGGAGAUAAAUUAUAAUGAUGCCGAAGAUUCAGACGAAGAUGAUGAUUUGCCACCAAACUUAAACUAUGAACAAGUCAUUAAGACAAUAUUUGACAAAUUAAAAUAUCAAGGAACGAUUUUUAAUUGUUUUGAUUUUAAAGACAUGAGCGUUCCAAUAGGUGGUACUUUCCCCGAAUUUAUCGAAAUUAUUAAAUCAUAUAAUGGUAUUAGAUACCACUUAGCAAGAUAUAGAAACGGUUCUACAGGUGAGAUAUACGAGCACGAUUUCGAUGAUGAUGAUGUUGAUGAUGAUGGUAAUAGAAGUUCCUCCAUGUUUUUUGAUUUCAUAGAUUACAAUCAAUAUAUUAAUUUGUACAAUAGGAUACGGUUUGGCAAUAAACCAAUUAGCAAAGAACAAUUCGAGACUUUUAUGACGUUAACUAUUGAAUUGAUAACACGCCAAAAAAAUUUAAUGAAAAAUGAUUUAACAUCCACAUUACCAUCCUCUUAUAGAUCAUCGCAUAUUUAUAAUAAAAAUACUUCCAGUAGAAACUCUACUUCGCAAUCUUUGAUUACAGUCACCCGAAUGAAUAGUACAAAUACAGUAAUACAGAAAAUACCUACCGUAAAAAGUCAUUAUAGUUUUGAUUCCGUUGUUAGGAAUUGA